UCACAUUCCUGGCUGGGAUUCAAUGACUGAACCAGACACAAACAAACAGAGAGAGAGAGAGAGAGAGAGAGAGAGAGAGAGAGAGCGAGAGAGAGAGAGAGAGACUCACACUGAGUGAGUGGGGAGACAGACUGAGUACGCCAGACUGAGCAGACGAAGCUUAUUUCGGGCGCACAUUAGGAGUGCGUAAAACCGCAGGAGCACUGAAACAUAGCACCCAGUGAUUGUACGUUGGAUAAUACGAGUUUUAAGUAUCCGAGUUAACGGACUUUAUUUGCGUCCGCGUACAGGAACUGCCCUAUAAUUUAAGCAGCUUUCACUUUUCUGAAUGGACGCGAUAGGAAGCUUUUCUGGUGACAUGGAAAUGCGCGUUAUUGAGCUUAUUGCCGGAUGCUGAAGACGCCCGAUCCCAUAAGUCACUUUCUGCUUUCAUUUUUAGUUCUGAACCCUCGUUUCCAACCGACGACAACAUGGAGGGCGCGAGCUUUCAGCCUCAUCCCGGACUUCAGCAAACUCUGAAGCAGUUUCAUUUGAGUUCCAUGCGCUCUCUCGGCGGACCGGCGGCGUUCUCUGCUCGGUGGCACCAGGACUCGCUCUUCUGUAAAGAUGGAAAAUCUGCAGAGAUUAUCCUCUCCCUGCCGGCUCAGACACCUCCAGUGAUGUCCGGUCCACUUUUCAUCCCAUCCGACCGCUCCACGGAGAGGUGCGAGACAGUGCUGGAGCGAGAGCCCAUCUCUUGCUUCGUGGUCGGAGGGGAGAAACGACUGUGUCUGCCGCAGAUCCUCAACAGCGUCCUGAGGGAAUUCUCCCUCCAGCAGAUAAACUUGGUUUGCGAUGAUCUGCAUAUCUACUGCUCCAGGUGUACGGCGGACCAGCUGGAGAUCCUCAAAGUGGUGGGCAUCCUGCCUUUCUCGGCACCGUCCUGCGGGCUGAUCACUCAAACGGAUGCUGAACGCCUCUGCAACGCUCUCAUCUACGGCGGUACGUACCCUCCUCACCGCAACAAGGACUUGGGCUCCCUGGAGUUGGAGCGAACCGAGAAAAGCUUCAAAGUGUAUCACGAAUGUUUCGGCCGGUGUAAAGGCCUGUUUGUCCCGGAACUGUACACCGGUCCGUCAGCCGCCUGCAUCCAGUGUAUGGACUGCAGACUCAUGUUCCCGCCUCACAAGUUUGUUGUCCACAGUCACAAGAGACUGGAGAACCGGACUGUUCACUGGGGUUUCGACUCUGCCAACUGGCGAGCAUAUGUGCUCUUAGACCAGGACUACACCGACAAGGAGGAGAAAAGUCAUCUGGAGCAGCUGCUUAAAGAGUUAAAAGGAAAAUAUGAUCUGAUGGGGAAACUAUCCAGUAAAUCCUGCAGAUCUCCAAGCCCAAUCCCACCCAAGAGGUCCAAACUUGACAAAUUACAGUCUCCAUCAGCUGACAGAGACAGGAAACCUGAUUGGUUGCAGCCGCUGUCCAAGUCUGCACACAAGGAUCUGAAACAGGUCCAACUAAAACAGAGACCCUCUGCUUUCCGUCCCUGGUCCCCUAAAGCAACAGAAAAAGAGAAACCACCCACUCAAAACGAGGUAGAAAGGUGUAUGUGCACCAUGCAGACUGGCACACAGAUGACCAAACUGAAGGGGAAGAAGAAAGGAUUGGUUCGCUUCUUUUACCUGGACGAGCACAAGUCCUGCAUCCGGUGGCGGCCUUCCAGAAAGCACGACAGAGCUAAAAUAUCCAUUGACUCCAUCCAUGAAGUCUGUGAGGGAAAAAAGUCUGAGAUUUUCAGGCGUUAUGCAGACAACCGUUUUGACCCAAACUGCUGCUUCAGUAUUUACUACGGCGAGCGUGUGAAGUCCCUGGACCUGGUUUCCACCAAUGCGGAGGAAGCUCGUACCUGGAUCACUGGGCUGAAAUAUCUCAUGGCUGGUAUCAGUGAUGAAGACAGUUUGGCCCGCAGGCAGCGCACCCGUGAUCAGUGGUUACAGCAGACUUUCUCUGAGGCCGACAAAAAUGGAGAUGGUACCCUGAGCAUUGGAGAGGUUCACCAACUGCUACACAAACUUAAUGUGAAUUUACCCAAGCAGAAAGUCAGGCAGAUGUUUCAAGAAGCAGACACGGAUGAAAUACAAGGUUCUCUGGGCUUUGAUGAAUUCUGCUCCUUCUACAAGAUGAUUUCCACCCGCAGAGACCUCUACCUGAUUAUGAUCUCCUACAGCAAUCAGAAAGAAGUAAUGGAUCUACAUAACCUUGCACGCUUUCUGGAAAAUGAACAGAAGAUGCGGGGUCUGACCAGAGAGCAUCUAGUUGACAUUGUGGCCAGAUUUGAGCCAUGUCCUAUGAACCUCCAGCGUAUGGUACUGGGCAUUGAUGGUUUCACUAACUUCAUGCGAAGUCCAGCAGGUGAUAUCUUCAACCCAGAGCAUAAUCAUGUCAACCAGGACAUGACGCAGCCUCUCACUAACUACUUCAUCGCCACUUCACACAACACCUACCUGACAGGAGACCAGCUACUCUCUCAGUCGAGGGUAGAAAUGUACGCCUAUGUUCUGCAGGCAGGCUGUCGCUGUGUGGAGGUGGACUGCUGGGAUGGACCGGAUGGAGAACCCAUUAUUCAUCAUGGCUACACCCUGACAUCCAAAAUUCUCUUCAAAGAUGUCAUUGAAACAAUUAACAAAUAUGCCUUCACAAAAUCACAGUACCCAGUGAUCUUGUCCAUAGAGAACCACUGCACUGUGCAUCAGCAGAAAAAGAUGGCUCAGUAUCUGAGAGAGGUGCUGCAGGACAAACUGGACCUGACCAAUGUCAACAUGCACGAAAGCAAGAAGCUGCCUUCCCCCGAGAUCCUGAAAGGGAAAGUUUUAGUCAAGGGAAAAAAGCUACCAGUAACCCUUGAUUCUGAUGCAGAGGAGGGUGAUGUGUCUGAUGAAGACACUGAGGAUGAGGAAGAGGAGGACAAUGAUAAUGACAAUAACUCACAGGAUGGUAAUAACAUUGCACCAACUAGCCAGCACAAAAAGAAGAGACGAUUUGGCAGAUCAAUCAUGAGGAGCUUCAAGAGGAAGAGAAAAAAGAAAAUACCUGUGAAAAACAAAGCUGUGUCUGAUGGUGAAUCGGACUACAGCAGCAGCCGAGAGAGGUCACAAAUUGUUUACCACCCCAAAAAAAGGAAAACAAUGAGACUGUCCAGAGCCCUGUCUGACUUGGUCAAGUACACAAAAUCUGUUCGUGUACAUGACAUUGAAACGCAAGGAUUUGCGACCAGUUGGCAGGUUUCAUCCCUAAAUGAGACUGUCAUGAACCAGAUCUUACAACUAAAACCAGGGGAGCUGGUGCGUUUCAACCAGCGCCAGCUUCUGAGAGUUUAUCCAUCUAACUACAGAGUGGACUCAAGCAACUUCAACCCACAGACAUAUUGGAAUUUAGGAUGCCAUAUGGUUGCAAUGAAUUAUCAGACAGAAGGUCGCAUGCUUGAACUGUACAGAGCCAAGUUUUUGAGCAAUGGAAACUGUGGAUAUAUUCUAAAGCCAAAGUACAUGUGUAAAGCUGCCUUUAACCCCAUGGUAGAGGAUCCCCUACCAGGACACAGAAAGACUCAGCUGGUACUGAAGAUCAUCAGUGGACAGCAACUUCCCAAACCCAAAGACUCCAUGUUUGGGGACAGAGGAGAGAUAAUUGACCCAUUUGUUGAAGUUGAGAUUAUCGGUCUACCUGUUGACUGCACCAAGCAGCAGACCAGAGUGGUUGACGAUAAUGGUUUUAAUCCAAUGUGGGAAGAGACCCUUGUUUUCAAUAUUCAAAUGCCACAGAUUGCCCUGGUGAGGUUCCAGGUGUGGGACCACGAUCCUAUUGGAAGAGAUUUCAUUGGGCAGAGGACUAUAGCAUUCAGCAGCAUGAUGCCAGGUUAUCGGCAUGUCUACUUGGAGGGAAUGGCUGAGUCAUCCAUCUUUGUUCAUGUUGCUAUCAAUGAUGUAACAGGAAAGAUCAAACCUACAAAAGCUGUGCAAGCAGCCAGGAAACACAUUCAGAAAGCAGCCCAGAGGCAUAUGAAGGGCCAUCAAAGGCGGCCUUCCAUAGACUUCUCUAUCCUGUCCUCAGAGGAUGGACGUGCUCUGCCCUUCCGUAAGGAUUUGGACACCAUGUCUCAGGACAGCCGAAAUGGGGAAAUGUCUCCUUUGGCACAAGGGCCAGCAGCCAGGGCUGCCAUCCACAAAGGAGCCAUGAGCGAGCCAGUGAGACGAGCUCACAUAGUUAAAAUUCAUGAACCACAAGAGACUAGAAGAGGGUUCUUCAGCCGGAUGUCCUCCACCGACUCCCACCACAGUGGGCCAGCUCCAUGUGUGAGAGAGGAAAGCUUUGACCUUGACACCCCUUCCCAGCUCCCUUGUCAUGAGAGUCCUGCUUCUGAGAGCCAAAAUCAAACUGUUCAAAAAGACUUAGAGAAUGAGGCGCUGCAGGCAAACUGUGCUGAACUGCAGACUGGAGAGAGAUGUGAAACAGAGCAGCCUGAACCAUCUGAAGAGUUUGCACCAGAAGCAGAGCCAGAGAAUGAUGUUUUCACUGAACCUGAGCAGCCACCAGAAGCUCAGAUUCAGAAUGACUCAGUUUUCCAGCAUCAGCCUGAAGCCAAAUCCUCCCCACUUAUCCCUCCAUCAUCACCCCCCAGAGUUAGACGGACCUUAGAGACUCCUGCCCACCUUCUACCAUCCACCCUGACACGAACAAAGGUCCGCUCACGUAGUUGCCCUCGAAGACAGUCUAGCUCUUCUCACACACCGAUGGUGAACCGAAAACCUGCUUUCCCCUGGCAGCCACAGCAAGCACAGGAAUACAGAAACUACACCAACCCAGUGAGACGCAUACCAAACGGUCUCUGUCUGUCGGACAGCACAUCCAGCAGCAGUGAAGGCAGCACUGACAGCCUAGAGUUUGUACCCUCCUGUGUGCCAGCUAGUACAGAACAACAAGAGGGUACCCUGCAGAGGGAGAUGAAAGCCCUUUUUGACCAGAAGAUGAGAGAGAUCCGCUGUAAAUCACCACUUUUCCUGGAAGGUGAGUCACAUUACAGAAGAAAUAGCAAUCACAAAAGCUCAAAAGAUUGUAUCAUAUCCUGGCAUUUCAUUUUCCUUUUAUUCUUAUUUUCUUGAUUAGAUGACAGUUCAGAUUCAUGACACCAAAGACAUGAAAGUCAUUUGGAAAAGAAGAAGAAAAACA